AUGUUUAGUAAUUUAUUUAGGUCAAUUAUUAUUCCUAUUAUAGCGUUAGUAAUUAACCACACCCCUUUAUUUAUAUGGGUAAUUAUUGACUUCAUAGUCGAUAUUUGUUUCUUUUGGGUAAAAAAGCUAUAUCAGUUUUAUAACACUAAAGAUCCCUUCAAAGAGUAUUUAAAACAGUUGAAGAAUGCUCUGAGUUACAAUGAAUGGAAAAAAAUAGCUGCUGAGAUUGAUAAAUUAACAAAUAUGGACUUGUGGAGACAGAAUUUUAUUUCCAAACAUUAUGAUUAUAUUCUUAUUGAUGAUAGGUUAAAGCUAUUACGUGAGGCAAGAUUGAAUCAGGAUUCACAGUUGAUUAUCUCUUUGUUUCGGUCUGGAUUAAUUAGAAAUUUUGGUGGUUUAUCUCAAAAGAGACUAUAUACAAAAUCUUACUUAGGGACUAAAUUCAAGAUAGAGGAGUAUAUUACUGAGGUAUUGAACUGCCUCAAUUAUUUAAACGAGUCCAUAAAUGCUCCAUCUGAAAGAGACAAUGAUGAGUUUAUUAUGAAUAGCAAACAGUUGAAGUUAGAUUUUUUUCACGAUGCAAGACAAUCCUUCGGUUGUACUGCACUUUUAUUACAAGGAGGUUCUUUGUUUGGUCUUUGCCAUCUAGGUGUCGUCAAAGCGUUAUACUUUAAAGGACUUUUACCUAGAAUAAUUGGAGGAAGUGCCAUAGGUGCUGCGGUGGCAUCAUUAGUCUGUACUUUGACUGAUCAAGAAUUAAUUCCCAUAUUAAUUAACAUCGCUGACGUGAUUGCUGAUAUCGAUAGAUUGAAUCACGAUGUGGAUGAAAGGUAUGGUAAUGUGAUUGAAAAUGUUGUUAAGAAAGGUUAUUCACAAGAUAUAUUGAUAUUCUUGAAGUUUGUUCGAGACACCAUCGGAGACUUAACAUUUGAAGAAGCGUAUUUGAAGACUGAAAAGAUUUUAAAUAUUGUUGUUCAUCCAACCCACCAGUCUGUAACGUCGUUAUUGAAUUACAUAACGGCUCCGAAUGUAAUAAUCUGGACUGCUAUUUACGCUUCUAUUGGUACAGGUGUGCUUUCCGAUAAUGUCCAGCUCUAUGUUAAGGAUUUUAAUAAUCAAAUUGUUCCUAAGGUUCCAGAUUUCGAUGUCGUAUUUUUGAAACCACAAGAUGUGAGCUACCUGCAACAGUAUUUCCGGGCAUCAAAUAGAAAAAAGGAUGAUCAUCCCAGUAACCAACCAAAUUCUAAUGAUUCAGGAAGUAAAAAUGGUUACAAUGAUAACACAAGUUAUAAUUACCACUUAAAGGAAAGUUCUCCUUAUACCAGGUUGACAGAAUUAUUCAAUGUAAACCAUUUCAUAAUUAGCUUGGCCCGUCCAUAUCUAGCACCUUUAAUAAGUAACGAUUUGAAGCAUUAUCAUAACUCCUAUGGUAAAGUGCGUUACAAUCGUGAAGGAAGUGAAAAGAGCAUGAAAUCUAAAUUUAAUAAUCAAAUAAUUAUUGAUGAAAAUAAGCCACCCGUGUUGGAUAAGAACAAAACUUCUGUCAAUGAUAUGGAAAAGUAUGCUAAAGACACGAGUUAUAAUUUUAUGAAAUUAAUAAAAAACCUAUUGGGUAUGGAAAUUCAACAUAGGUUAGAGGUAAUGAAUAAGCUAGGUCUUUUAUCGGAUCUAAUCAAAAGAUUUUGUAUUGAUGAGAAGCCAUCGACCCCUCAAUCAUUGACUAACAUUAGAGAAAUUUCAAUUGUUCCAGAAUUAAGAUAUCUCGUUAAGGACUUUGGAAGAGUUUUCGAUGUACAUAAGACUAUGGAGAAUAUUCCAUACUGGAUUUUAGUGGGCGAGAGGUCUGUCUGGCCAUUAUUUCCAUUGUUAUGGGCUAGAUGCUCAAUUGAAUUUGCAUUAGAUGAUUUAUAUAAUAUACACAGAAAGAAAGGAUAA